AUGACACUAGCCAAAUUAGAUUUCAAAUCUACAGAGCAUGAGAGGUGGUCCUGGUUGGUGCGUUACAACGUCUCUGUAGUGGUUAUCAAAGCAGUUCUGCAAAUACCUGGAUGUAUGUUCAGUCGUGUGAUGCAAGACAACGCGUGCUGGCUCGUGCAAUUACUUGGUAUCGGAUGUGUGGAUAAAUUUGCUGGAGGGAAUAUUGCUCGCUUCCUCAAAAUGCAUUAUGACAAGGAUUCGGCAUGUUCUGUACCUCAAGAGGACAUCGGACUUGCGUGGGAUGGAGUUUGUUUCGCGUUUCUUAUACUUCAGCGACGGUUGUUCCAUAGCUAUUACUUCUAUCGAGUUAUAGAUGAGAGUAAAGCUACAACGGUUCUUGCAUCCAGGGGUGCAGAAUUAAUAGAAGAAUUACGACAGAAGCAGAUGUUAAUUCAAGAAGAGCAAGAAGUAAAAAUAUUAGAAAAAAUUAAAGUGAAAAUGGAAAGGAUAAAAGCGAACCAGAAAAAAAUUCAAGGAGUUAUGUCUAAAGAACCUGUUCAUCAUGAUGCAGAAGAGGAUGAAGAGACUCAAGACGAUGACACGGAUCGUGUACCUCUGGAGCGCGGGGAAUCAGACGCGACGGUGCGCGGCUUCCACACUCCUGAUAGCCCCCGUUCCCCCAAAGGGUUUCAUACCCCUUUGACUCCGACGCCUCGACAUUCUCCCCCUCGUACACCCUCACCCCCACUUUUACCACUUCCCGCCCUACCCGCUCCUCCUUCACAACAAGGCCCGCCAUCCCCGUCAUCGGCUCUUAUGACCGUAUCUCUCGACGCUUAUCUCGAACCGAGACGUAUUUCCUUCGAAUCACCCCCCUCAUCAGAACUUAUCCCCAGGGCCCAAAGUCCGGAAGAGUCCUACCCAGUGUUUUCCCCUCCCCCUAUCCGCCGCCGAAGCCCUGACGGAUCUCAACGUCGACUAUUCACAAAACGACAUGAAGUUCGCGACAGGCCCCGGUACAAGCCGCCAACCAGUCAUCAGAAGGCCGUGCGCUCUGGUGACUACUAUAUGUUUGACGAGUUCGAUGAUACUGAUAUACACCUGAAGGAGGAUGAAUCCAGCUCUGAUGAAGACGCUCCGAAGGAAAUGGGCCUUGGGAAGUUGCUGUCGACGGCGAUAAAGACGGAUUUGCGUCGUGCCGUGUCGCUGAGGCGUGCGUCUGCGCCCGUUCUAAGAGACGUUAGGAGAACGUCCUAUCCGGCACACCCUGAAUCCUAUAUGGAUGAGGUGCGUCCUUUAUCGUCACGGGGAGACGUAAGACGGGACGAAGAUGCAUCAAUGAGGGACCGAGCUGGUCCAUCAUCAGACUUGGAUGAAUUUGCACCAAUGCCCGAAUCCGAGACUUGGAUGGACAAAAUUAAGGGAUAUUUGGACACGGCUGGUGCGUUGGUAUCCAGCUUUUUGGUCUCAAUCACUCGGCAUCUUAUGAAGUACUCGCGGGACUACAGAUAUGUGUCAAGAACUUUAUCUGUUGAGAAGAAGAUUUUGAAGGAAAAAGAAGGAUUCGGUAUAGGAAUACGUGAAGGAUCGCAAAUGAUUUGGGAGCCCAUGCCAGAAGUAUUCGUACAUCACCGUAAGUUAAGCCAACUAAGCGUACCGGAGAUUCGUAUAUUGGCUCCAAGUAUGGAGAGGGGGUUAGACAAGCCGAGUCCCGCCAUUUCGCGCCGCGAGUCGAGCUCCGACAGCGACACAGAAGAUGACGAACACGAUAGUGUUUUUAGCUUGCAAACUACUGAAAGUAAGGAUCUCACGACGUUAGAAGAACAGGAUGACUCUAUGUUCAAACAAGAUAAAUCGCCUUUAGUUCAUCUGUGCUAUGCUUUGUGGUUCGCUGUUUUGGCACAUACGGACAUAGUCUGUUACAUCAUGGUCUUUAUAAACCAGAUUCAAUCAGCAACAAUUCUUUCCAUACCUCUUCCUUUGAUGGUAUUCCUUUGGGGAACUCUGACUAUACCGCGACCGACCAAAACAUUUUGGGUCACGCUUAUCGCGUAUACAGAGGUAAUCGUGCUUAUAAAAAGUAUGUUCCAAUUCGAGAUUCUACCGUGGAAUCAGAAAGCAAUACCUGCAAAUAUGCCGUUCACAGCUCCACGAAUUAUUGGUAUCGAAAGGAAAUACAACUACGCCCUCUACGAUUUGCUACUAUUGCUUAUUAUAUUCUUGCACAGGUUCAUGUUAAAAUCCUUAGGUCUUUGGAAGGAAUCUUCUUCUGAUAUAGAGCUUCAGCAAGAUAAGGAGUAUGCUUUGACCGCUGAAGAUACUCAGUUCCUGGUGGAAGGUCGAGGCGCUGAAGUUGGACAGAAAUAUGUGAAAUUGCACGAAAAAAUUGUCCCACAAAAGGAAAGUGAAAUCAAUGGGUCAUUAAAAACGAGUAUCGACAACUUGCCGCAAAUUAAAGAUAGCUCUGAUGAUGAACCGGGGCCCUCUAAAGAACCUGACGAUGAGUAUAGGGUGAACGAUGAUCAGGAACCGAUCAUUGCUGUAAACACAAUGUUGGAGGAUACAUAUCAGCAUUACCCUAAUGUCAUGUUACUUUCAUUAAAACGAUAUUUGCGUCCAACUAAACAUUUCUUCGAACGUAUGCUAGCGCCGGGCGCGCGCGUCACGGCUGACGUAUACGCGUACAUGUUUCUUUGCGAUUUCUUUAAUUUCCUUGUCGUUAUCUUCGGGUUUGCUGCUUUUGGGACACAUCAAGGCGAUGGUGGAGUGCAGACUUACUUUGAGGAGAACAAAGUGCCUAUUCCGUUCCUUGUAAUGUUAAUAUUGCAGUUCGCACUCAUUAUAAUUGACCGAGCGCUUUAUUUACGAAAAUUCAUGCUGGGCAAGAUAUUAUUCCAAUAUGCCCUUAUUAUUGGUGUUCAUAUAUGGAUGUUCUUUGUAUUACCGUUCAUUACUGAAAGGACAUUUAACACCCUCCUUCCGCCCCCGAUGUGGUACAUGAUGAAGAGCAUCUACCUUCUACUCUCGGCAUACCAGAUCCGGUGUGGCUAUCCCCGGCGUAUUAUCGGAAACUUCCUUUGCAAGUCUUAUCGGUUCAUCAACAUGAUCUGCUUUAGAGGCUUUAUGGCAGUGCCAUUCCUCUUCGAAUUACGGACCCUCAUGGAUUGGAUAUGGACUGACACCUCAAUGACUCUCAUGGAUUGGCUCAAAAUGGAGGAUAUAUUCGCUAGCGUCUUCUUACUCAAGUGUUCUCGCUACGUAGAAGAUGAAUUCCCUCAGCCGCGGGGCGUUAAGAAGUCCACCACGUCUAAAUACUUGCUCGGUGGAGGAGUUUUGGCUUUUGUCAUCGCUAUCAUUUGGUUCCCGCUUGUGUUCUUCGCCUUUGGUAAUUCGGUUGGUGAGCCAAAUCCACCGACAGAUGUCACUGUCAAAAUUCGUAUUGGACCCUUCCUGCCCGUUUAUCAAAUGUCUGCGCAAUCACACAAUAUUGACGUCUAUACCGAACAAGACUACACCCAAUUGAGCAACAUGUACGCCCGAGAUAGAACCGCACAGACAUUCCUCUCUAACUACAUGUACAAUGACGUCGCAGUUAUUACAAUUAACCCUAACUCCACCGCUGUGUGGAAUAUUUCUCCUCCGGAAUUGGAUCGGCUUGAAAGAGAAGCGUUGUCAAAUUCAUCAUUAUUAGUCAAAUUCACAUACGUAAUAACUCAUCCGAGUAACAACCCACAAAAUCCGCCAACAAUCGAGAACAAUCGUGAAGUCCCGCUCGACGCUUAUGUAAACGGGAAGAAAAAUCCCGAGAGAGAUACAUUACUUCAGCUACUGGCUGGGACAGCUUCUCCUGACCUUUGGUUAAACGUUAAACUCUUGUUCCCGAAAUUCGUGAAGGUGUUCAACAAGGGUACCACAAAACCGGCUUUCCAAUUGAUGCCGGCUAUUGGUGUUAAUGAUGUUGAAGACUCAAGAUAUUAUCGAAACGUACAAUUACGUUUGGAAAGAGACAGAAAUACAAGCUAUUGGAGGGUACAUGAAUCUUGCGAGGAAAGGGAUCCGCUAGCGUCAAUACCAAUGAACAAUUGCGACAUGCUCGUAAUGUAUACGUUUAACGACAAACUGUUUCCGGAGACACUCAACUUUAUAUCUGGUGGCGGUAUAAUCGGUUUAUACACAACAUUCGUGUUUCUGGCGUCACGAGUGCUUCGCGGCUUCUUCUCUGGCAUCUACACAAAGAUUAUGUUCGACGAUCUGCCCAACGUCGAUAGAGUGUUGCAACUCUGCCUUGAUAUUUAUCUGGUGCGUGAAGCUCUCGAAUUGACAUUAGAAGAAGAUCUAUUCGCAAAACUGGUCUUCCUAUAUCGGUCGCCGGAGACCAUGAUUAAAUGGAGUCGACCUCGAGAAGAAGACAGCCAAGAACAAAGAGCUCUACCAGCUCCGAACUGA